AUGGUUGGACUGGAGGAGCUGCAAGGGCUUUUCCAACCUCAGCAAUUCUGGGGUUCUUAUGUACAGUUUGCUCCAGGCACUUCUUCCUGGGAGCCCAGUAAAUCACUGAGCGAUGAAGAAAACCUGAAGCUGUUUGGGAAAUGCAACAAUCCAAAUGGCCACGGACACAACUACAGAGUUAUAGUCACUGUUCAUGGAGAGAUUGACCCAGUCUCGGGAAUGGUUAUAAACCUGACAGACCUGAAAGAGUAUAUGCAGUCCCAUGCAUGUGGUGAUCUGAACUUCAAGUCCGCUGACCAACCGGGACAAGAUCCAUCACUGUUUUCUCUGCAGGAGGCGAUCCUGGAACCCCUUGACCACAAAAACUUGGAUAAGGAUGUGCCCUACUUUGCUGAGGUGGUGAGCACCACAGAGAACAUCGCAGUGUUCAUCUGGGAAAACCUCAAGAAGCUGCUGCCCACGGGGACUCUUUAUAAAGUCAAAGUGUACGAAACAGACCAGAACAUUGUCGUUUAUAAAGGAGAAGAAACGAUCUCUGAGAAGUGAAAUGAGCUUAAGCUCAGUUGGUCAGAAACUCCUGCAUUAUCAGAUCAGUGGAUUACUUCAACCCUGCUGACUGUUUCUCCUACAUCUAGAUGUUGGUUAUCUGUUACGUAAGGACAAACACAGAUGUUUCACAAAAAUUCUUGCAGCAGUCUAGCAAUUUCGGUUCUCAGAAUUUGUUGUCUGCUUUUUCUCAAGAUAUUCCUGUUUUGCAAACAUGAUCCACCAAGCUGAUGUGAGAUUUACAGCUGUGCCAUGUUAAAUAAAGCAGCUUUCCAGAGAGGAGAUGGCCUGGCAAAAUGUAUGUCCUGUCCAGCCACAAAACGCUGAGUUCUGUAGGAACAGGAUCAAACUUUCUCGUCUUUCUGGAGGGAGCAGUCAGCUCAUGUUACUGCUGCUAUGAUCGUUACUUGGUAUUUUCACCUUCAGAAUCCCACAGUGGGAAGGCCUUGUAGACAAAAGCAGCACUUGCUAUGCAUCAGUCAGCAGGGCUGCAGGUUCCUGCUGUCAUUUGCAGAUGAGGAGAUGCAGCACUGUUCAGCAUAGGUUCUUGCAAAAGAUGAGGCUAUGAGAUGAAUUUAAAUGAACACUAACCAGAUGAUUCUGAAGAUUCAUGAAAUUGUAGGCGUACUGUGAAAGCUAAGUGCUGGAAGAGGAAUGCAUGUAAAACCAGUUAGGGAACAGUUACAGUACAACUCGUGGUUAAGAGCCGUAAGAUCAACCUGUCUGUCCAGAGGCACAAGUGAUAGUACUGUGUGUGAUUCUUUAUCACAUGAGCAAUGUCCUGAAAGUAAGUAAGUAUGGUCAUGAAAAAUAACUUAAUGCAUAUAAUGAGGAAAGUGAUAGCUGGGGUAAUAAUCUCUUUGCUUCACAAGGAAAUUAAGCAUUUGAAUAAUGGUGGCAAACAGCACCAUUUAGAGAGGUUUAAUGAAGCUCGCCUAAUAUUAUAGUUAACCUUGGCUGUGCUCUACUACAGGCUGAGGGUAAAGUAUCCAUCUGUAGCUACCAGUUCUGCUAGAAAGUAGUUUUUACAGUUCCAAAAAAAUACUUUGACUGCUUUCUUUUAAACUGUGACAGCUUUAUGAGGGGCCAAUUCUGUGCUGUCUCCUACCUUUAUUCAUAUUUGCUCAAACUUUCUGGAUGAACUUCUAAAAGUGAAUCGUAAGAAAAGGCUGGAGAUGAGGGAUGUUCCAACCUUCCCUCUUUGGCAGAGCAAAAACUCUGCCGUGGGAACUCCAGCAUUGGUUUUUCUUUCCCUCUUAAAGGUAAUGGCUUUGGCUGAAGGUUCAUUCCAGUGUCAUGCAAAUAGAGAGUGCUCAGUGCAUCAGAUGAAGGGAACACACUGGUGACACACUGUUGCCCCUUUUCCCCAGAUGUGGAACCAGUCAGCUCUUUGCAGUGUGGGCUCUGGCCAGGGAGGGUUUGCAGCUUAUCUGCACACUCCUGCUGGUCUGUGGUUCACUGGUGUGAUGUGUCAUUCCAGUUUACUAAAGCGAUGUAAAUCAUACUGGAUGAUAGCUGCUCAUGAUUCAUGAAGCAUUUGGUGUCUUCAGUGAGUCACAAAACAUAUGGUGGUGUCUUUAUCAGAAGGGUAAUUUAGCUGUUGAUGUUGUUGACAAAACCCAAGCAAACAAAAGGUUACAUCCAUAUAGCACAAGCCAUUGCUAUUAUUAGCAUGAAGUCAGGUGCCAGGCCAGAAAAAACUAGUCCAAAUUCCUGCUCUUUUACUGCAAUGCAACAUAGCCCUGACAAAGUCCCGCAACAGCUUGGGCAUUUAUUGCUGUGUUGCAUGUUGGCGAUGUAUUCAUAUCCUUUAUUCUGAUUGUUCCACUUUAAAUGGCAGCAGAUCUGGGGAGAUGGAAAUAAAUUGCUUGACUGGGUAGUGGCUUGGAUGAAGGGAGUUGGCAGUAUCAGAGCUGGAGUUGUAAUUGCCUACAUCCCAAGAAAUUACAGUGUAUUAUCUCCCUUACCCAGCUUAGAGGGGUCUUGAUCUUUUCAGGUGUGUGUGAGCUCCAUGUAGGGAAGUCUCUGGAGGAAUCAGCCUCCAAAUUCACAGGUUAGGGAAGGAGGGUUAUACAAGAGAAUUAACUCACAUACAUUAAGCAUCUCUGUGCUGUAAUUUAGUUACUGAGUGAUGAAAUUGUUUGAAGGAGAACUGUUCAUGUAAUGGUGGGUCAAAGCUGAUCCCAGGAGACGUACUCUAGGAGCAGGACAUCCAGCUUUAGUGCACAUAAAUGUCGAGAGCAGCAUAAUGACAGCAAGACCAGAAAUGUGCUGUGUUGUGUUCAGUAGGAACUGAGGAGGAAGACCCAGUUCUGCCUUCCUGUCACACAGAGAAAUAAAUCAUCAGGUUAUAUUGAAGAGGAGUGGUGCCAGCCACUGUUCUGUUUUCUGUGCUUGAAACAGAGUGGUCACGGGAGGACUCUGGGUUCAGCACCAGCUUUUGCAGUGUGGGGAGUGGGAAUUGAUAAUUUUCCUAUCAUAUCUGAAAUUAUGAAACAGCACAGAGCAAAAGGGACAGCAUUACAAAAGGAUCAACAAAGUGAAAAACAGCAGCUAGGACUGAACCAAGUUCUGCCACUCCCUAGGCUGUUAUUUAUAGUCCAUUGUAGCCCCAACAAUGACCAAGUUAAUAAAUCAUCCUGACAUUGCUUCUGAUGAUGAGGGAGUGUGUGUGGGACAUGGAGGCCUCGAUGAAUUCAGACAACCAUCAGUCUUAUAUUUUCUGAAUUGACUUUUGGCCCUGUAACAUGGCUUUUUGUGUCCGUGCACAGUGCCCGUGAGGCAGCGAAGGCUGCAGGGAUGUACACAGGACCUCUGCCUGCUUCAGUGCCAGGACUGGCAGUGCCUUGGGAGGUUGAAUGAAGCAACAUGGAACGCCCAGCUUUGUUCUGCAGAGCCAUUGGGAAGGUCACUGUGAACAGAGGUGGAGGGAGACGGGGAGCUGCUGUGGGUAAGAGCUGCUGAGAGAGGGCCCAGCCCUGUCUUGCAGCUGAGAGCUGGAGGGCUCACUUGGUCAAAGCCAGCAGCCAUCCUGCUUAUUUAACUUGCCUACUUAAAUGGUAGAGAGUUCACUUAAAGCAGUAGUAUUAUCAGAGAAAGGCAGGAGUGAAAGGAGAGAUCCUUUGAUCCCAUCCCCAGCACAAUUUGGAGAGGACAGGAUGCCAAAAGAGCAGAGAAGCAAAAAGUGCAAAGGAUUGAUGCAGGGGAGCAGUCCUUGUGCUAGUGGCCCCGGGGGAUCUGAUGCUAGUUGAGGAGGAUAAUGGAACCUCUGUUGAAAAAUCUGGCUAACAAAAGCGUAUCUGUGAAGCAAGACAAGCUUGUUAGCAUUGUUUGUAACAAAUAAGAGCCAGGUAUUAAUCACAGCUGUACUGUUUUAGCUAUUAAUAUUUCAGACAAUUCUGUAGGAGGAAAAAACCCCUAACCCUAAUGACCCUAAUCCUAAACCUAACCCCUAACCCUAACGCUAACAACCCUAA